UAUAACGCGUGAAUAUAUCCUCUAUUGUAUUCUACAACAAAAACAAUUAGAGCGACUCGCUAUCACUAGAUUUAUUUUGAUCUCCCGGGUCCGCUAUUAGCUUUUAGCCAGUUAGCAUCAGCAAGCGUGGUUGCUGCUAACUGAGCUUACAUUGCUAAUACUCUAUUCACACACAUUACCACUGCUGUACUCACUGUUACUUGCUUUAAUGGCGGAUGAAUGUCUCCACUCUGUGCAGCUCGAGCUCGAGGCCGUGGGGAAGCAGAUUCGCGACCUGGAACGGAGGCAGGCCGAGCUGAGAGAGCGGAGAGCCGCGCUGGAAUCAUCCCGGGCUGACGCUCACAAGUCCGGGGUAAGUAUACAGCGUGCUGUUAACAGUCCCACCACGUCUACUCCGUGUGUUUCUCUGCGCAGGCCCGGUGCACCCAGGACGCGAUCUUCCCAGAUGUCCUUCACUGCGACGCCGGGACACCACGGACCCUGGGUGCAUCCACAGCGGAGGAUGCGAGCCGGGUCCCGGGCGACGACAUCUCCCCCUCCUGCCUUCGAGAUCUCCAUCCAGAACCGCUUCGCUCCCCUCCGCGAGACAGGACGCGACGCUGUGAUCAUCGGAGACUCCAUCGUCCGACACGUAAGUGCUACGUUAGCCGAAGGUAAAGUGCACACUCAUUGUUUGCCUGGUGCUCGUGUUCUCGAUGUUUCUGCGCAGAUACCCGCGAUCCUGAAGGACGAUGAGAGCCCGAGAGCGGUCGUGCUUCACGCCGGGGUUAACGACACCACGCUGCGGCAGACGGAGACGCUGAAGAGGGACUUCAGGAGCCUGAUCGAGACGGUUCGCAGCACGACGCCCGCGGCGACGAUCGUCGUGUCAGGACCACUGCCCACGUAUCGACGAGGACACGAAAGACUGUUUCGCGCUGAUGGAUUACACCCCAGUCGAGUCGGAGCGGAGCUUCUCUCUGACAACAUCUCCAGGACACUUCGCUCCAUGUGACUAGUUUUGCCACGGGAUUCACAUCCCGUGGUAACUAGGAUUUACACAAGCUCCAGUCUGGAUCCAGAACACCUGAGAAGAGAUGAUGCUGACCCUCAGAGGACCCCAGAUGAUGCUAACCCUGAAUGAACAAACAGAACUAACAAUUAUUCCUAAAUGUGUGACUUAAUCAUAUAAUAACUUAAUUAAUAAUAUUGAUAGUUCAUCGUCUAGCUGACUACGUCUUGUAUUAUUAUUAUUUUUUAGUUUUUCUAAAAUCCUGUCAAAUGUGCACAAACUACUAGCUACUACUAAAUAUUGUAGAAACAUAAUUUUCUGUAAAGUUGCUUUGUAACGAUUUGUUUUGUAAAAAGCGCUAUACAAAUAAACUUGAAUUGAAUUGAAUUGAAUAAAGAA